UUAGACGCUCUUACUGUUGCAUCUCCAUAGUUUGUGAAUCGCUGUGGAAACGAAGUAUGCCCGUUGCAUACAUUAUUUUUGUUAUUGACAUUCUUAAUUUCAUAAUUCCUUGCAGUACUCAAUGAUCGAUGCAUUCGAUUAGAAAACUGCUUUCAUUCCAGGGUACUGGAGCCUUAUCCCAUUUAAACUGUAGAGAAAAUAAAUCCUCAUAUUUGUUUGUGAAACCAACCUCAAGUUACUGCAGUUCCCCAGCACAAAAUACUAUAGCAAGCAUGCAAAAUCUUAGUAAAGAAAUCCUACUUCUAGAAAUGAAGAAAAGUAUUCCAAUUCUUAGCAACUCAUUACACAAGGGUGAAAGUGGACGAAUCGGUGUUAUUGGAGGUAGCUUGGAGUACACAGGAGCUCCUUAUUUUGCUGCAAUUGCUGCUCUACGUGUUGGAUGUGACCUAGUACAUGUUUUCUGCAUGAAAGAGGCUGCUCCAGUUAUUAAAAGUUAUAGUCCUGAGCUUAUCGUCCAUCCCUUGCUUGAUGCCCCAAAUGCAUUUGAGGCUAUUUCAGCAUGGCUACCUCGAAUUCAUUCUCUAAUACUAGGACCUGGUCUUGGUAGAGAUGAAUCAGUUUUCAAAGUAUUGGGUCCCAUAAUUAACCAUGCAAAGGAACUUAAAAUUCCUCUUGUGAUAGAUGCAGAUGGAUUAUUCUACAUCAAUAGCAACCACCAUAUUAUUCAAAAUUGCACCAAUGUGAUUCUGACACCAAAUACUAUAGAGUUCACCAGACUUUAUAAAGCCAUCAUGGGUAUAACCAUUGAUCCUAGUCAACCUGUACAACCCGAAGAUGUAGGUGCCUUGGCUAAAAAAUUGGGACAUGUAACAAUUCUCCAAAAAGCAGAAAAAGACAUAAUAACUAAUGGGAUUAACAUCAACAUCUGUGAAAAGAUGGGUUCACCAAGGAGAUGUGGUGGACAGGGUGAUUUAAUGUCUGGAAUGUUAGCCACUUUCCUCUACUGGAAGACGCACGACCAAUACAGUCAUGAAGUUACCUUAUCGGCAGGAGCUGCGGCAGCCCAUCUUAGCCGAAUGAUCAACAGAAAAGCUUUCGAAAUCCAUGGUCGUGGAACACUCGCCUCUGACAUGAUUCCUUAUAUCCCUGAGUGCUUCAGGUCUUUGUUUAAUCAAGAGUAAAUAAAUUUAUGAAUGUUUUCGCACGCAGUUAGAAAUUUCGAAUUAUGUGUAAUAUUUUUGUAGAGACAAUCAACUAUAAUACAAAAUACGUCCUAUGCUGUAA